CCCUCCUCCCUUUCCCCCGCCCCCUCCGGCCUGGUUUUACCCAAUAGGGUCUUGGCCUCCGGGCUAAAGACGUCAAAUGUAGCCAAUUGUCGAGGAGCUCUCCGCUAAGGACCCCGCCUCCGCCAUGAGGAGCAGUUCCGCUGACCAAUAGACUGUCCUUCAGGUGCAAUGAAAGCACGGGGCUAGUGGAGCAGCGGCUGAAUCGCCCAAUGAACAGGCGGUUCCUGUGGUUAGGGGCGUGGCAGAAGCGGUCGUCAGGGGCGUGGCGUCGUUGCUUGGGCGGGGCCGGUAGCGGCGGGAGCUGCACUGGCCAGGGGUUCCGGCUGCAUAUCCAUGAGCGCCGCCGGCAGCCGCGGAGCUGCAGGAACCGGACCCGGGGCGAGUUGGGCAGGUGUAGUCAACCACACUCAGCUUUUAGGUUAAUUUGAAUAAAAGAUCUGAACCGACUGACCCAACUGUACAGCUCUUCAAGGAAAAUUCAUAUUUGCAGUGAGAAGAAUAAGUGACAUAGAUCAAGAUGAAUGCCAUGCUGGAGACCCCUGAGCUCCCAGCCGUGUUUGACGGGGUGAAGCUGGCUGCAGUGGCUGCUGUGCUGUACGUGAUCGUCCGGUGUUUGAACCUGAAGAGCCCCACAGCCUCGCCUGACCUCUACUUCCUGGACUCGGGGCUCUCUCGCUUUCUGCUCAAGUCUUGUCCCCUUCUGACCAAAGAAUACAUUCCACCGUUGAUCUGGGGGAAAAGUGGACACAUCCAGACGGCCUUGUAUGGGAAGAUGGGAAGGGUGAGGUCGCCACACCCUUAUGGGCACCGGAAGUUCAUCACCAUGUCCGACGGAGCCACUUCUACAUUUGACCUCUUUGAGCCCUUGGCAGAGCAUUGUGUUGGAGAUGAUGUUACCAUGGUCAUCUGCCCUGGAAUUGCCAAUCACAGCGAGAAGCAGUACAUCCGCACCUUUGUUGACUAUGCCCAGAAAAAUGGCUAUCGGUGUGCUGUGCUGAACCAUCUGGGCGCCCUGCCCAACAUUGAACUGACCUCGCCACGCAUGUUCACCUAUGGCUGUACAUGGGAAUUCGGAGCCAUGGUGAACUACAUCAAGAAGACAUAUCCCCUGACCCAACUGGUUGUCGUGGGCUUCAGCCUGGGUGGAAACAUUGUGUGCAAAUACCUGGGGGAGACUCAGGCAAACCAAGAGAAGGUCCUGUGCUGUGUCAGCGUGUGCCAGGGGUACAGCGCACUGAGGGCCCAGGAAACCUUCAUGCAGUGGGAUCAGUGCCGGCGGUUCUACAACUUCCUCAUGGCUGACAACAUGAAGAAGAUCAUCCUCUCACACAGGCAAGCUCUUUUUGGAGACCAUGUUAAGAAACCCCAGAGCCUUGAGGACACGGACUUGAGCCGGCUCUACACAGCAACAUCCCUGAUGCAGAUUGACGACAACGUGAUGAGGAAGUUUCAUGGCUAUAACUCCCUGAAAGAAUAUUACGAGGAAGAAAGCUGCAUGAGGUACCUGCACAGGAUUUAUGUGCCUCUCAUGCUGGUUAAUGCAGCUGAUGACCCCUUGGUGCAUGAAAGUCUUCUAACCAUUCCAAAAUCUCUUUCAGAGAAACGGGAAAACGUCAUGUUUGUGCUGCCUCUGCAUGGGGGCCACCUGGGCUUCUUUGAGGGCUCCGUGCUGUUCCCCGAGCCCCUGACGUGGAUGGAUAAGCUGGUUGUGGAGUAUGCCAACGCCAUUUGCCAGUGGGAGCGCAACAAGUUGCAGUGCUCCGACACGGAGCAGGUGGACGCCGACCUGGAGUGAGCCUCUGGACUCUAGUGCACUCCAGCAGCCCUCCUCUGGAACCCAUGACCCCUCACCCUAUGUUUCAGGUCUCCCAUCUCCCUCUGUGACCUGGAUCUGACCUCACACCAUCAGCAGGGGGCACCCACCAUGCACACCUGUCUCAAAGUAGACAGCUCUCCUGGGAGCUCCAGGCUAUUUUUGGACUUCGUUACUGAUUUUCUCCAUUGCGUUGUUAGCCAUGGUGACAAACGACAGGAUUCUCGCCCUCCUGUCUAGUUUCAGCAUCUGAUUGCUUUUAAGCCAAUUACAUCUAGUUUCCCUAUUAAAAGUGUGUCUGAACAGUAAUUUUGUUUUGCCAAUCAAAAGACUUUUCCCUGAGAACAGUGAAGGAUGUAUGUUAUUUUGUGUUGGUUGUAUGUGUCUUUAUGUAGACCUUAAAAAGAGCUCACCAUUCCAGGCCAAUGCUGAAGACACAAGUCAGUGUGGAAGCCUAGGGAGCUGGGCCUCCCAGGCCAGAGUGUGGCCUUUUAAAUGGCAGAGGAAACUCCUUUGAGUCACAAGCCAAGUUUUUUCCCUCACUAUCUUCUAAGACAGUUUCCCCACACUUAGCUGCUGAUGAGAGUUAUGUGGGGCACUUGUUAAAAAUUCAGCCUCCCAGGUCCCUCCCCUUGGAAAGGCUGAUUCAGGAGGUCUGGGAAGGGGUCUGAGGAUUUUAAUUUUUGACAAGUGUCCCAGGUGUCUCUCAUCAUCAGGCAAAUUUGGGAAACAUGGUUCAACAGCGCCUUCAAAUUAGAAACAUCUUCUGUAGCUCAUUUCAUUGAAAUUCAUAGUCAUAAGUUCUUAGCUCCCAGGGGCCUUCAGAGCGGCAAGGCCUGCCACAUAGCUACCCUUGUGUGACCACAGUGUAAUGUAUCAGAAGAGCCCAGGGUGGAGGGGACAUCUGGGCUGUGCCCUGGCUCUGCUUCUCAUCCUGGACAAAGUCCCUUUGGACUUUAGUUUCUUCACCUAUGAAAUGGAGGACUUGAACUAGGUAGAUUGCUGAUAUCACUACCAGUUCUGAAGUUCAAUGACAAACUCAGUUUACUGAGAUUUGAGAGAACAUCCCUCCAGGGGAGCUGGGAGCUAUUCUCCCAGUCUAAGCAUGUAGAUAUCAUCAUUUGCCUCUUUUUUUUUUUGUCCCUCAUUUCAUAUAAAGAGGUUUUGGGGUUUUUUUUAAAAGCAGCCAAUUGUAAUUUUAGUUUUCAAACCAGAUCUCUCUAAUUCUGUCUUUUGAAACCAAACAAUUCAAAAGUUGGAUCUGAGUUUGGAGAAAGAUAUUUCCAACUAAAGAGGGCAUGAUUUUGAAACCAGAUUUUUAAUUUAAUAGCUUAUAUUUGUAGUUUGUUGGAUAGAUCUUUCCAGAGUAUGUCUUUUCAAGUGAAAAUAUCCCUCUAGGUUUCAAGUACUCCCUCUCUCUCCAAUCCUGUGGUACUUGAAUAUCUAAAACCCUGCACUUUGAAAAUCAGCAGUUGCUAUCUGGAACUAAACAGAACUAUGAGUGAAAUCGUCUGGAUACUUU